AUGUCUCGAAUUGCAGUGGGUAUAGACAAUGUAAGAAGACUCUGGAACAUAAAGGAUUGUAGAGGAAUGUCGAAAAAAGAUAAAUUGACAAGGGAAGUAAUUUUUCUAGCAGAUGGGGGUGCAAAUCCUUGGAUUAUUGAGAACCUAGCUUCUGAUGAGGCUAGUAUAAGAUUCAAUAAUAUUGUUACCCAACUACAUAAGGAAUACUUUUACAAAGUAAUGGAUCCAGGGAACCCUUUUUCUGAACCAAGUGAAGAACUGCUGAUGACAUGAUUUCUCAAUUUCGCAAUAUUUCGUAUGAAGAACAUGGAUUGGGUCGUACUUCAUUAAUAAUGCAUGCUAUCGAUACGGGUCAUGCCGCCCCUAUAAGGCAAAGGUACUAUCGAAUGUCUCUACAAAAACAGCAAAUUCUUUGUCAACAAUUGGAUGAAAUGUUGGAGGAAGACGAUGUGGAACCAUGUGAAAGUCCUUGGUAUAACCCGGUUCUCCUAACCCCAAAGAAAAACGGAGAGUAUAGAUUUUGUUUAGAUAGUAGGAAGUUGAAAUCCGUCACACGUAAAGAUGCCUAUAGUCUAAAUCCAGAAGUUAGAAAAAAAACAAUCUACCUCCUCCAACAGAUGAACAGAUCACAUUAGAAAAAAAUUGUAAAGUUUUAAUUAUUUAUUGAUAUAUAAAUGCGUAAAAUACGACUAUUACAGAAAAUAUUUUAAUGAAAAUCAUGGCUACAGAUUCGGUCGCCCACAAGUGGACGUUUGCUCAAUUUGCGAAGAACUCGACGCGAAAAUAAAAAGUCCAUCUCUCAAUGAGAAUGCGAACAAAGUGGCGGUUGCAGAAAAAAUUAUACAUCUUAAACGUGCUAAAAAAAAUUAUAAUAAACAGAAAGAAAUUUUGGCACUGUGUCAAGAAAGAGAAGAUGUAGGAGCCAUUGUAUUUGAUUAUAUGCAAAAUCUGCCGAUUCCUAAGAUCCCAGUUCAAGAGAUGUUUUAUUUGAGAAAACUAUGGCUGUAUGUGUGUUCACGACUUAAAGACGAAUUCUGCUAA